AUGUCGACUCACUCGGUUCGCGACUCGGUCACUCAUUCUCUCAAAGAGGAUGCUGAGAUUCACAUUCAAAGUGUCCAUCCCACCAUCAAUGAGAAGAAGGUGACUCGCAAGAUUGACCUUAGAAUUGUCCCCAUUUUGUCGAUUCUUUACCUCAUGUCCUUUUUGGAUCGAGGUAAUAUUGGAAACGCAAACAUUGAGGGUCUGUCUACUGAUCUAGGGCUCACAGGUCCCCAGUACAACAUGUGCUUGACUGUCUUCUUUUUCACCUACUCCGUCUUCGAAGUACCGUCCAACAUGAUGCUCAAGAGACUUAAGCCUUCCAUCUGGCUGCCUGCCAUUAUGGUUGCUUGGGGUAUCGUUAUGACGCUGAUGGGCAUUGUUCAAAACUAUGGAGGUAUGUUGGCUACCAGAAUCUUUCUGGGACUCACUGAAGCGGGUCUAUUCCCCGGUGUCACCUACUAUCUCACUCUCUGGUAUCCUCGACGAGACAUCCAGUUCCGAACAGCCAUGUUCUUCUCUGCAGCCUCGGUAGCGGGAGCCUUCUCCGGUCUCUUGGCCUUUGGUAUUGGAAAGAUGGACGGCGUUGGGAAUCUAGAGGGAUGGAGAUGGAUUUUCAUUCUCGAAGGUAUUGCUACCACUCUCAUUGCAGCUCUUUCUUUCUUCCUUGUGGUAGACUUCCCAGAUACGGCCAAGUUCCUGACUGAUGAGGAACGAGAAUGGGUUCUUUGGAGACUCAAGUACGACACCAACAGCAGAAAGACCAAUUCUGCCAGUCAACAAGCCAUCAUGGUUGAAGAAAAUGACUCUCACUCCUGGGACGAGGUUAAGAAGGCAAUCAUGGACCCUCAAUUGUACCCCCAGUGUCUGCUGUACUCCGCUGUUCUCGUUCCCCUGUACGGAGUGUCGCUGUUCCUUCCUACCAUUGUCAAGAACCUCGGGUAUUCCUCUGAAGGUGCCCAAUUGAUGACUAUCCCCAUCUACGCUGUUGGAGCCAUUGCCUCAAUUGUUCAGGCUUGGGUGUCUGAUCGAUACGGUUGGCGAUCUCCGCUGCUGGUCUUCAACUUUUGUUGCAUGUUCAUCGGGUAUAUGCUGGCCAUGAACGUGUCUGCAGUCCGCAACCCGUCAGCCACAUAUGCUGGCUGCUAUCUAGUGGCCCUUGGUCUCUAUCCUGGUAUUCCUGCUGUCAUUUCGUGGCUUUCUAACAACACAGCAGGCACUUACAAGCGAGGCGUGUCCAUGGGCAUGCAGAUUGGAUUCGGAAAUCUAUGUGGAGCCAUUGCCUCGCAGAUCUACCGAUCCAAGGACGCUCCGCAGUUCAAGCUUGGACACGGCAUUGAGGUCAUGUUCAUCUGUAUUGGCUUCAUCUGCAUCUUUGUGCUGAACCUCUACUACUACUUGGUCAACCGGAACCGCAGGAGGAUGGUGGCUGAGGGCAAGGCAGACGAUCUCACCGUCACCCAGCUGUCAGAAAUGGGCGACAAGUCUCCUCACUUUAUUUAUUCUCAUUAA